AUGAGGCGCCGGACCCGUCGCAGUCUCUUCCAUCUGGCCAUCUUCGCCGGAAUCCUCGGCCUCAUCCUCUUCCUUAACCGGCCAUCCCCUCCCGGUCGGCCCUUCGCCUGGACCACCAUCACCUAUGAGACGACCGCAAAGCAACUUCCAGAAGCCCGGGGCCAAUGUCCCGGUCUAGCCAAGACAGACAAGCCCGUCCUGGUCGUGUCGCGAGUCUCAGCAGAUGCCUCGGACUGGCUCGCACCGCUCGCAGAGCAAUAUCAUCUCUGCGUCUACACAGCAGACGCACCACCAGACCCCCGUAGCACGCACUUGCAAGUGCCCGCUAACCGCGGCCACGAAGCAAUGGGCUACCUGACCUUCCUGAUCGACAACUAUGCCCAACUACCCGCCACGGGGAUGGUAUUCGUGCACGGGUCCCGCUGGGCCUGGCACAACGAUGCGCCAGACUAUGACAACGCGGCCCUGUUAGCGGCGUUGAACAUCUCGGCUGCCCUGGCCCCCUGGGGCUACCACAAUCUCCGCUGCGACUGGAGCGUCAGCACAUGUUCCCCCAAGACACCCGCGCAGGGUAGCCUGGAGCUGUCCAUGCAGUCGGUGCUUGAGCCGUGGAGCGCGCGGACAGCCUCGGACGUGGCACUGCCAGGUGCACUGGCCAAUCUAUUUGGCAAAGACCAGAUCAGUCUGGAGCUGGAGAGCGCGCGGGUGCAACUUGGUCGGAACGACGCGGUGCGCGCUCAAUGUUGCGCGCAGUUUGUGGUCAGUCGCGAGAGCGUCUGGCAGCACACGCGGGACGAAUACAUCGCGCUACGGCAGUGGCUGCUGGAUGGCAGCGACGACGCCCAGUCUGGAGCAGGAGGAGGGGAACGACGAUCCCCGUCGGCCCGCCGAGCAGCACCACGGGACGAUCGCAUUGCCGGUCGGAUAUUGUCGUACGUGUGGCAUAUCUUGUUCAUUCGGCGCGGUGCUCUUCACGCCGAUGGUGGAUCAGCGGCGAUCGACCUGGAGCGACUGAAUGGCAUUGCAUGUCCGCGGGCGGACGAAUGCUAUUGUCGGUUGUAUGGCCGGUGCAAUCUGGGCCGAUGCAACGCCGGUAGUUGCUUUGGGCAGUAUCAGUUGCCUCCGGAUUUCAAGGUCCCUGCGUGGGUGACUGAGAAGGGAGGGGCUUGA